AUGUCGUCGGUCCUCGGCUUGGUGCGCGGCGCAACAGCGGUGGCCACGGCUACCGCCUCGCGCGGCCUCUCAUGGACCACGCGCAAGCUGAGUGAGCGGACAUGGAAGGCUGCGCUCCGGCGUGUGCUGAGACAGCUGUGCGUGAGCUACGAGUGGGUGGAAGUGACGAGUGGCGACGGCGCGCCUGCCACGGCGGUGAUUCGGAACCUGGUGCUGCGGCCCGAGGUCUUCAACGUUGCGCUCGCGCGCGUCGGCUGGAUCCUGGUGUCGGAUUCUGGUGUUGCGGGCGGCGAGGAGGGCGAGGACAAAGGCGCCGGCGGCAACGCCCCGCUCACGAUAGGGAGCGCGACGGUGACGGUGACGCUGCGGCUGCGGGGCGACCUCGGCCUCUUCUCGGAGCCGUGGAGAAUCGAGAUGAACGACGUGUGGGCCGACUGCCGCCUGCUCGCGGGAAAGCCAAGGGGCGCUGCUCAUGCGGCUGGCUGUGAGUAG